AUUAUAAUCCUCUUUCCAUUAUUUUUAAAAAAGGAAAAGGGUAAAGUAGUAAUUAACUAUUAUCUCCUUUUUCUCUCUCAAUCGGAAACCCUCGUUAGGCUCGAGUAUAAAUACCGUUGUUACGUCCUCGUGGUAACCCCCUCGUCGCUGCGUCUCUCUCCCGCAACCUUACAGAUUCGUUUUGAUUCCCAUCGAUCGGAGAGAGAGAGAAUAAUUCAAUAAGCGACCAUGUUGGUGUACACUGAUCUUCUCACCGGUGAUGAGCUUCUCUCUGACUCUUUCCCGUACAAGGAGAUUGAGAAUGGUAUUCUUUGGGAAGUUGAAGGAAAGUGGACUACUAAGGGAUGUGUAGAGGUUAACAUUGGUGCCAACCCAUCUGCUGAGGAAGGCGGUGAGGACGAGGGUGUUGACGACUCUGUUGAAAAGGUUGUUGACAUUGUCGACACCUUCAGGCUUCAGGAGCAGCCCACUUACGACAAGAAGGGUUUCAUCGCCUAUAUCAAGAAGUACAUCAAGCUUUUGACUCCCAAGCUCACCCCGGAACAGCAAGAAGAGUUCAAGAAGGGUAUUGAGGGAGCUACCAAGUACUUGCUCCCAAAGCUCAAGGACUUCCAAUUCUUUGUUGGGGAGGGGAUGCACGAUGACAGCACUAUCGUCUUUGCUUACUACAAGGAAGGUGCUACGAACCCAACAUUUUUGUACUUCGGACAUGGUUUGAAGGAGGUCAAGUGCUGAGUGAAGAAGCUCUUCGGGGUUACUGUGGUCGGUCGCAGCGACUCUAUGUUCCUUUAUAUUGUUGUGUGUUUCGUCUUCUCUUACUAAAAUUACCAUCAGCAGUUUUCUUUUCUUUCUACUUCUCGUCUCUGUUGCAAGAUUCUUAAGUUAUUAAUCCGAAAACAAUGGUUUGUUAGUUGAAUUUUGGUUCGUCAUUUACUUUUGUUUUCUUUGA